AUGCACUUACUACCACACAUCUUACUGUCCUGUCUUUUUGUGGCAAUUUCUGGCAUCAAGAUAAAAAACCCCUGGGGCGAAGCGUCAUGCCGUUUAUGUCUUCCGUUUGUGGAUGAAUUGAAAAAAGGGAAUCGGAAGUCCCCGAUUGAUGUGAUGAAGGUAAAGUAGUCUUUUUUGUGAGUACUGUAUGUUAACGUUUGAAGAAUUAUAUUGUUAUCUGGGGUUUUCAGGAUAUUUGCGAGCAUGUUACGGAGUCAAGAUCGAGAGAAAUUUGUAGAAACACGACAGCGGAAUCGUUGAAUGGAAUAUUGACAGCGUUUGAGAAGAAUAAAGCCGCAACAUCUAGACAGGUCUGUCAAGAUGCUGGACGGUGUCACAUGGAGAACUGA